UUCUAAUAUUGAAAUUAAUAAUUAACCCAAUCCCUAUUACUGGAAAAGUAACUGCUAACUAAUACUUUUAAAGACUAAUUUCUUUGCUAAUGUUUAUUCAUAUAAACACCACAGACCUACUCAGAAAAAAUGCACAAAUGUCACACAAUAGAAAAUCUGAACAAUUCAUUAUCACGAAUCAGUCGGAAAAAAACAAAUUCUGAAAAACAUGAAAUUACACAUUGCUAACAGAAGCCGCGACUAAACCCCCAGGUGAAGCGCUGUCACGCGAGAACCUAUUGGCACCGAGGUGGGAACGCUGACCGCGUGCUGCUCAGAUUAAAUGCGUUCAUUAUCGCUGAUGUCCGAGACACAGGCUUCGGUCGGUAUAAUGUAUCUCUUCAGCUCAUUUAGCACUCUGCGUUCGUCCUUCAGGUAAAAUGGCGCCUGGCCCUGACCUGCCCCCUCGCGCUCACAGCCAUAAAUCCGCUGUGCUGUAUGAAAAUUUACAACUUUGCAAUACAACUUUACGAGGCGCUUCGCCUCUCCAUUGGUCGCGACUGGUCAUGUGGAUUGUAGCCGUGAACAUGAACUUUUUACAUAUAAUUUCCCUUUAGAGAAUAGAGCUGCAUUCUGCUCUCCGUUCUUCCGUUGCCUCGGAUCUCCCGGCGUCACUCUUUGUUUUACCGCGAGGUACAAUGUGGACGGAUUGUUUCGAAACGCAAAGCAAACAAGAUCUCUCGAGCUGGAGCAAAAGACACCCACCGCGGACCGCGUGGCACUGUGAAUGGAUUCUAAGCAUCGGCAGGAUUCGGAGAAGACAAGGUGGAUUCAUCCGGGGAUGCAUUUCGUACCCCCCAGAAGCGGACCCUCCCCGCGCGCACCUGUCAGUCGCACCGCGCGCCAUCCCAGCUCCCUUCGUAAAGACUAGCCAGCUAUGGAGCCAGCGCGAGCCAGGAACGUGAACAAACGGCUCCCUCCUAAAGAUUCCCCAAAAAAUAAAAUACUCGCGACCCACGGCCUUGGAGGGAACCUGUCUCAUUUUAGGUGCAGCGGACGAGGCCAUUGGCGGAGGGGCGUCACGUGACCGCGGCGCCAAUGUUAUUCUCGGCGGGUGUCAGGACCCUGUCAGUUUGUGAAAUAAGCGCUGGGAAGUGGCGAGAUGCAGAAGGCGCCCUACUACGAGGGCGCGGCGGCGCUGUACGCCGGCUACGCGUAUCAGGGGGCCAACGGCUUCGCUUACGGCCCCGCUCAGCAGCAAUAUCCCCCCGCCACUCACCCGGAAACUGAGUUCCAUCGACCCGACUGCUCGCUGCAGCCCCCCCUCCCCAGCGGCGGGGGCGGGGGCUCCCUCACGCUCCACAAGCCCGGCCAGAUCGCGGAUAUCUGCGCCCCCAACGGAGCGCCCCCCCCUGGGCCCCCACCCGGGCCCCCCGCCCCCGAUGUCCCCGACGGCAGUCGAGUGCAGGCUCCCCCCGGCCCGAUGCUCCCGUCCUCCCCCGAUUCUCCCGCCCAAAACGCCAGCAACGGUCCCGGCCCCCCGCCCGGCACCAAGACCGGCCCGUCCAGCACCACUGCCACCAGGAAGCAGAUAUUUCCCUGGAUGAAGGAGUCCCGCCAGAACACCAAACAGAAAACCAGCUCCUCCAGCACAGUGGAGAGCUGCGCGGGAGACACGAGCCCCACCGGAUCCGCCGCGUCAAAGAGAGCCCGGACGGCGUACACCAGCGCCCAGCUCGUGGAGCUGGAGAAGGAGUUUCAUUUUAAUCGUUACCUUUGCCGACCUCGGCGGGUCGAGAUGGCCAAUUUGCUGAACCUGACAGAGAGGCAAAUAAAGAUCUGGUUUCAGAACCGCAGGAUGAAGUAUAAAAAGGAUCAGAAGGGAGUGGGGAUGAUGCCGUCUCCCGGGGCGCAGUCUCCGCGAAGCCCGGUCGGUCCACCCUCGGCGGGGGGGUACCUCAGUUCUAUGCACGCUCUCGUCAGCAGCGUUCCCUAUGAAUCCAGGUCACCCACGUCGUACAAUAAGCCUAAUCAGAACGCAUAUAGCAUCUCCACCUCAUAUUCGGCUCCCAUAAACAACGCCAUGAACAGCUGCCCUCCGUCGCAGAAGAGGUACCCGGGGACUGGCGCGGGCACGCCCGACUAUGACACGCACGCCCUUCAGAGCAACCCCGGCUACGGGUCUCAUUUGCAGGGAAGCCCGGUUUAUGUCGGCGGAGGUUACGUGGAUUCUAUGGCCAACUCCGGUCCCUCGGUGUUCGGUCUCACGCACCUCCCUCAUCCGUCCUCGGCCAACAUGGACUACAAUGGGGCGAUCGCUAUGGGCAACAGUCACCACCACGGACCGUGCGAUCCGCACCCCACGUACACAGACCUUACACCGCAUUACUCUCAGGGAAAGAUCCAAGAAGCGCCCAAGCUGACGCAUCUGUAACGCAACUGUCCGUGGGGCAGGAAACGCCCCCUCUCGCUGGUCGUAUUCUGACCACCGAUCCUGCGGCUUUCUUAAAAAAAAUAAUGAAAAAACAAGAAGAAAAAGGGAAAAAUCCUCAUUAGCAUAUGUACCUUCUUUUUUAUUUUAUAGUUUAUUGUGUGAUGUAGUUAUAGGCCUAGUAGUCAUUCUUGUUGCUUGAAUGUCUCUAUAACUUCGCUGAUGUUGUUGUUCCAUGCGCAUAUAUCUGGGACAUCACGUGGAGGCACAGAUAUGCAUAUCUAGCCUUAUCGUAAGCUUUUUUUUUCUUAACCAAACAGGGUAUAUGAACAAUUUUAUUUUUACAAGAUACUUUAAUGUGAAUUUGUUCUUUUAUUUAUCCCGCUUUGAAGUAUUUUGUUUGCAUUUUGUUGCACUUCGGGGGGUCCCUCGUAGAAUCUCGCGCCCGGUUGAGAAGGACUGGCGCGUUAGUAUCGGGACCUCUUGUAUUCUGACGGACUUUUCAACUUUAUUUAUUUUUCUCUGAUUUAAAAAAAAAAAAAAA